AUGGCUUCCUAUGAAACCGAAGAAAUCGAUGUUGCCAAAGAAUUUAACCUUCUUCCUGUAAUAUUUGAAACGAUUCAAGCGUUACAGAGGACUAGUGAUCCCCAAGAGUUAACUAAGAAGGUAGCUUGUUAAAUAUUUAUGUCUUUUAAGGGGAAUAACUGCCAAGAGUUUAACACGGCGGCUAUUAGUAGUAGUUCAAAUUUAUGAAUGGAACUUUUCAGAUGUAAAGAGAUUUUGCUACCCAUUGCCAGCUUUUCUCGUCUUUUAAAUUUUUGAGGGAGUAACUGCGGAAUACCCUGCCACUUGGACUGCGGUACUGAAAAACAAAGGCUACGCAAAGUUUAUAUUUCAAUUUCUUUCUUUCUCACUCCGUACUGCGUAGCUACAGCGCGUAACAAAGAAUGCAGUUUUUAAUUUAUUCCUCACUUAACUUCUUAAGCCUGGUUUUCACUAGUGCAUAAGCAUAAGCACAAGCACAUGUGUAAGCAAGUGAAAACUGCGGCGACAUAAGCAUAAGUAUAAACACAAGAAAAACGGACAUGUUCGUUCUCCUUGUGCUUAUGCUUAUACCGUAGCUUUGACUAGUGAAAACGGGGUUGACAUAAGCACAAGCACAAGGCUGUGGACCAAUCUUAGGUCACUUUGACCCAUCCUGAAUUUCAUCUGAUUACUUCGAGUCAUUAUUAAUCCCUCAGUAACGUCUGAAUCAACUGGCCAUUAAUGCUGUUCAGUGACGACACUACUCCUUUGUUUAAUUCAUGCCAAAAGUAAAACACGAUUUUCAAGUGGCAAACCAAGAAAUAUUGUUUGGAAAUGUCUACAUGAUACAGAACAGCUGACAGAAUUGCUUUACUCUUGUCGAUCGUAAUUCAUGUUAACCGUUCAAACUAUCAAAUGCAUUUCAGUACUCUGAACCGGUUGUAAUUCAAACUCAGUCACAAUCAUGCAAUGAUUUAAGUAAUGAUACAGGUAAGAAGGGAAGCAAUUUGUUUUAUUGUGGCGCAAUACGCUUUCCUCACAUAGAAAUGUUUUCAUUUUUAUGCAGAGAAUGCAUAAAUCUACAAAAAGGCAGUUUACGAAAGGAAAUGUAUUUGAACUCCACUUUAAAAGGGUGUAUUUUUGUGUUAAAACAUUUCGACCAAUCACAAGAGUUGCAAACAAUGGCCAAGAAAUGUUCACAAUUUUACACGAUCCGGACAUAUGAUUUCUAUGUUACUUAGACAAGAUUUUGUUAUAAGGAAGUUGGAUAGAAAAAAAGGGAUUAAUAUACAUGCUGCUUUUCAAAGAUUUUGUAAAAUUUGAUGUUUAAACCAAUCAGAACCAUGGUAGAGACAAUAGUAAAGUUAGCACCUUUUUGCAUUCUGACGUGUUCACUGCGUUUUGGUCCUUUCCUUCUUAUCUGGACCAUUACCUAAAUACACACACAGAAAACUUAGUUAAAAAACACAAAAAUUUCCUUUAAUUGAAAAGAAGCUUUUUGGUCAUUAACGAAAAAAACGAUGAAAUGAAAAAGAAAAGCUAACAAAAUCAUUACACUUGAUGGUGAAAAUAGCAAGAAGGUCAAAUGACAAGAUGACAUUGGUGUCAGAAACUUCGCAUAAACAAAAUCACUGUGGCAACCACAAAGUAGCUCUAAAUGAAAAACCUACCGACUCUCAGCAAUGAUUCUUCAUUCACAGUUCAAUUUAGCCAUUCAGUUUUGAAGACAAGGGCAGUUUUGCUGUUUACGAUAAAGAUUAUUGAAAUGUUUGAACUCCACGCAAGCAGGCCACCAAUGUGAUCCAUUGAAUAUCAAGCAACAAUCCUGCUAAAAUUUCUCAUAAUUAUACAUAAUUAUGCAAAUGUUAAGACAAUAAACCAAUCAAAAUGAAUUACUCAAUCUGCCAUGUUUUGACAUGGCAAGUUAGUCAAGUUGUAGGUGCAAUGCAAUCAUGUGGGAAAUAUCACACUUCCACUGUCCAUACUCAGGGCUGUCAUUAAGAGGCGUGGACCGGGGAUUUCCUCCGGCUACUAUGAAUGUAGCCCCCAGCUACUUUCAUAGGAAAAUAGAAGAAAAAUAGAACCAAAAGAAAUCCCUAGCUGUUUGUGAACUUAUGUACCCAGCAACUUGAAAUCUUGGUGGCAGCCCUGCAAAUUUUUGAAGCUGGAGGAAGGUUUGGUUGGUUACGCUUAAUUUUUUUCUUCAACAACAGAGAAUUAUAAUAAUAAAUAUGUUGUUCAAUAUCAAUAUUGUAGGUGAAUACUUUCCGCUCAAAGCUCCAACAUUGCAGAACUUUACUGGACAAGAUCCCUGGGCUGGAAAUGAGUGGUGAGGAACAGAAAGAAAUGUUGAACAAAUAUCAGGCCCAAUACAAAGAAAAAUGGUGAGUCCUGAACUUAAUCUUAUUAUUUAGACAUACACAUAAAGUGUUUUGUUUCUCUUUCCUUCAUUUUUGUAAAAGUGCCAUGGUUGACUGGUCCGCAGGCAUAAAAACUACUAACUAGCCAUGGGAUCAUGCUAUUUAGCUUAAAUAACAAAUGAUCCCACAGCUUGUUAUGAUUUUUUUCCCAACCAACCAAAAGCAAUGCUUGUUUGUUUUUCUCUCUUCAGUGAGCUUCUUAGAAACUAUAGAAAUCUACCAGUGUUUGCAGAGGCAUUCUUGAAGGAAACAAAAUCUUAGUCAGUAAGAGACAAGGCAACAAAGAAAGCUCCAGUUUUGGAAGAGGUACAUCCCAUGCACAGGUCAGAGAACUUAAACUGGCCAUCUGAGUGGGAUAAGUUAUUAGAAGGACUUAAGAGUAUUUCAGAAGCUGGUGAACUUAACAGAUUACAGUAUGCGGCAACAGCUUGGAAAAUGGUUAAUGACAUUAUGUUGCCACUAGGAAGGAUUAUCUUUGUUGAGUUGGCUCAAGUGGUGGUACAAUGGAUACCUCAAGACUCUUGUUAUUGUCAUCUUAGUAGCGGUCAGGGCUGUGCUCUGGCAGUGCCCAGUGUCCCCUGUUGCCUUUUUUCGCCUCUAGGAGACUAG